AUGAAAGGCCUUUUAUAGAACUUAGCUUUACAUACUAUAAUUGGAAAAUAAGUGAAACUCUUAAAAAAGGAAUACUAGGAGAAAAAUUUCUACUAAAAUAGGACUCAAAAGAUAUUCGAACACUAUGCUUAUAUCCCAUUUCUAAAGAACUUUGAAGGCUAGUCCUUAUUGGAUCUAUUUAUUAAUGCUGGAAAUAUUCAAGGACUAGAAAUAUUAUUCAAUGUGCUAAGAUUCGAUGACUUUGACAAUCACUCAAGAACAAUCUCUGCUUAACUACCAUAAGUAUUAAUGCUAAAAUUAAAGAAUAUAUAUGGUUAUUUCGAAAGUAGAAUUCUUGAAACUGAACAGCUUAAAUCAACUAAAAGAGGGAAAUUAAACUGUUUACAUAAGAAAGAAUAUGCAAUUACUUCAGGCUUGUAAUGGCCAAAUAUGAAUAAAUUAGAAGGCUAAAUCUUUAAAGAUAAGACAGGCAAAAAUCAUAAAUUCGAAAUCAAAUUAACUAUUCUUGAUAUACCUAGGAUACAUGAUUUCUAAACUCAAGAAUGCAAAGAGUUUCUAGAAGCUUUAGUUUUUAUUGAUGACAUCAAGAUGUUUGAAAAUCAAGCGAUUUAAUCUCUCAUUAAUAUCUAAUGGACAAUAGCAAGAAAAUAAACAGUUAAGUAUCUAUGCAUUCCUUUUCUAUUUUACCUUUGUGUCUUCUGCUUUUACUCUAAUUACCUGAACACUAAAAUCGGAAAGAAAAAUCUAGAGACUGAAGACUUUAGACUUAUUUGCUUUAGUAUAAUACUUUUGCUAAUGAUCAGCACUUUCUUCUUGAUAAAUGAAUCUUCUUAAGUCUUUAAACAAGGAAAAAACUAUUUUUAUUCAUUUUGGAAUUACUCUGAUUUGUCACCUCCAAUUUUAGUGACAAUAGUCAUGAUAUUUCAUAUCCUUGAAGUUUGUAUUCCUGAUUUCGAAUCACCAAUUAUUAUAAUGACUAUUCAUAGCUUUGCAAGCAUGCUAGUGUGGUUCAAAUUCAUUUAUUUGCUUAGAAUUUUCUAGUAGACAGGAUACCUUAUAAAUAUGUUGACAAAAGUUGCAUGGGACAUGAGAAUAUUUAUGCUGAUCUUGCUUAUUUUUUAUCUAAGUUUUACAGAAGCAUUUCUUAGAAUUACAGAGUUUGGAGGAGAAGAGGUUGAUUUUACUUAUAACUAUGCAUAUGCAUUAGUUUAUACAUUCAGAUUAAGUAUAGGUGACACAGAUGUAGAUAAGUUUGAUUUAAAUGAUUAAUCUUUCACUGCUUGGUUCUUGUUCGUAUUUUGCACUUUAAUUUCAAAUGUGAUCAUGCUUAACUUAUUAAUAGCAAUAAUAUCCAAGACAUUCGAGAGUGUUACUGAAAAUAGCAAUAGCGCAGGAUUUCAAGAAAAAGCUAAAAUAAUAUUUGAAAACCAAUACUUGAUUAGAGAGUAAAGAAAAUAAGAGUUUUGCGAAAAAGAUAGUUAUAUCAUUGUUGGGAGGGAAGUUUAAUAGAUAUAGGGAGAUAAUGAUGAUAAUUUCGAUGAUAUAAUAGAAAAUUAGUCUUAAUAAGAAUAUUGUUAGGAAUAAUUCGAUGAGGAUUAAAAUGAAAAUGAAAGUGAAAAUUUAAAUAAUGACUUAAGCGAUGAAAAUGAUCCAGUUGAAGAAGCUAAUGACUCAGAUAAAAUGGAUGGUUUUGUAAGUUGA